UAACGCUCCUCCCAAAUUUCCCCCUUUUUUUUAAUUUUAAUUUCAAUUUCUUUUCUUUUAGGUUCAAAUCACCGUACCUCCAUCAAUAUUUUUCGUUCGAUUUAGAUCGUAAUUGGGAGAGAGUGGUGUUCGGUUUGAUUUGGAUCGCCGGGAGAGGAUUAGAAGAAGAAGAAGAAGAAGAAGAAGACGAAGAAGAGGAGAUUUGAGAUCACUGCAAGAAGACCUAGUUUGGAGCUGGCAAAAUCUCUGUUGCCUGUACCAAGUGCCGGAGCUCAAAUACAGCGAAGUUGAUGGAGUUCAGAAUUUCUCAAAGAUAACUCUCGAACUGAGCUAUACAGAGGUCAUCAAACAUGACGAAGAAACACAGAUUUAGGAACUUUUUAUCUUCCAUAGUUGGGGAUCACAUUCAUUCUGAUAACUCUCAUUUACUGGACAAGAAGAAAGAUAUUGAGAAGAAUGCAGAGAAAAUACAAAAGCUCUUAGGGGAGGAGCAUGGUCCAGAUGUCUCUGUGGAUUCAGUGGAUAAAUCUGAGCUAGCUUCUCUUUUUAAUGAUUUUCAUAAGGGUUACAAAGAUUUCUAUGAACAAUAUGAGCAGUUGAUUGAGAGCCUAAAGAAGAAAGCCCACAACAAAAGAGGAGGCAGCUCAAGUGAUUCGGAUUCAUCAGAUUCAGAUGCAGAAGAAAAUUCUAAAGGUCGCAAACCUCAGUUAAUUCCUUUUCAAGAUUACCAAACUCUCCAGGAGCAAUUAGAGUAUACAAGAAGGGAAAAAUUUGAACUCGAGAAUCAAGUUGACAAUAAAAGUGCCAAGAUUCUUGAGCUUGAAAAACUCAAAGACAAAUUGCUCGAGAGUGUUGAUAUCUUGCAAGCUGAGAAGGUAAUUCUUAACGAAAAAGUGGAGGCCUUCCUGAAGGAAGAGAUUCAUUUGAAUGAAAGGAUACGAAGUGCUCACGAAGAAAAUGAAACACUGCGAGCAGAAAAAACAGAAGCCUUUAGCAAGUUACAUCAGGCUGAGAAACUCAUAGAAGAAUGUGAACUAGAGAAACGUCAGGUGAAAGAAGAAUUGGUGAAAUUUGAAAUGGGAAUAAAAGUUUUGAAACAAGAAGCGGAGGAAAGAGCUUUGCUAAUUGCCGAGUUGAAUGAGCAAGUAAAUGAUGCAAUUAAGCAGAAGGGGUCAUUAGAAGCUGAAAACAUUGAAUUAUUGAACAAGAUAGAUAAGGCAGAGAAAGCGUUAAUGGUCCUCAGAGAUGAGUCUGAUGUAAAAUUAAAAUCAGUAACAGAGGAGUUAUCUUCAAAGAAUGAGCAGUUGUUAUCUGAGAAAGAAAGCUUGAAGCUUAAACUGGAAGCUGUAGAAGAAGAGAAAAGGGGCUUAAUGGCCCUCAGAGAGGAGUCUGAUGUAAAACUAAAAUCAGUAACGGAGGAGUUAUCUUCAAAGAUUGAGCUGUUGUUAUCUGAGAAUGAGAGCUUGAAGCUUAAACUGGAAGCUGUAGAAGAAGAGAAGAGGAUCUUGACGGAUCUCAGAGAUGAGUCUGAUGUAAAACUAAAAUCGGUAACGGAGGAGUUAUCUUCAAAGAUUGAGCUGUUGUUAUCUGAGAAUGAGAGCUUGAAGCUUAAACUGGAAGCUGUAGAAGAAGAGAAGAGGGUCUUGAUGGACCUCAGAGAUGAGUCUGAUGUAAAACUAAAAUCAGUAACGGAGGAGUUAUCUUCAAAGAUUGAGCUGGUGUUGUCUGAGAGUGAAAGCUUGAAGCUUAAACUGGAAGCUGUAGAAGAAGAGAAGAGGGUCUUGAUGGACCUCAGAGAUGAGUCUGAUGUAAAACUAAAAUCAGUAACGGAGGAGUUAUCUUCCAAGAUUGAGCUGGUGUUGUCUGAGAGUGAAAGCUUGAAGCUUAAACUGGAAGCUGUAGAAGAAGAGAAGAGGGUCUUGAUGGACCUCAGAGAUGAGUCUGAUGUAAAACUAAAAUCAGUAACGGAGGAGUUAUCUUCCAAGAUUGAGCUGGUGUUGUCUGAGAGUGAAAGCUUGAAGCUUAAACUGGAAGCUGUAGAAGCAGAGAAUAGGGUCUUGAUGGACCUCAGAGAUGAGUCUGAUGUAAAACUAAAAUCAGUAACGGAGGAGUUAUCUUCCAAGAUUGAGCUGGUGUUGUCUGAGAGUGAAAGCUUGAAGCUUAAACUGGAAUCUGUAGAAGAAGAGAAAAGGGUCUUGAGGGACCUCAGAGAUGAGUCUGAUGUAAAACUAAAAUCAGUAACAGAGGAGUUAUCUUCCAAGAUUGAGCUGUUGUUGUCUGAGAGUGAAAGCUUGAAGCUUAAACUGGAAUCUGUAGAAGAAGAGAAAAGGGUCUUGAGGGACCUCAGAGAUGAGUCUGAUGUAAAACUAAAAUCAGUAACAGAGGAGUUAUCUUCCAAGAUUGAGCUGUUGUUGUCUGAGAGUGAAAGCUUGAAGCUUAAACUGGAAUCUGUAGAAGAAGAGAAAAGGGUCUUGAGGGACCUCAGAGAUGAGUCUGAUGUAAAACUAAAAUCAGUAACAGAGGAAUUAUCUUCAAAGAUUGAGCUGUUGUUGUCUGAGAGUGAAAGCUUGAAGCUUAAACUGGAAGCUGUAGAAGAAGAGAAAAGGGUCUUGAGGGACCUCAGAGAUGAGUCUGAUGUAAAACUAAAAUCAGUAACAGAGGAGUUAUCUUCAAAGAUUGAGCUGUUGUUGUCUGAGAGUGAAAGCUUGAAGCUUAAACUGGAAGCUGUAGAAGAAGAGAAAAGGUGCUUGCAGUCAGAGAUUAUGAGCUUAUCAGGGAAGCUGCACAAAGAUGAGAGCACCAUAAAUAGCCUGAAAAUUAACUUUGAACAAAUAAAAGAGCAAUUAACAGCAAAAGAAGAUGAAGCUAAUUCUUUGGCCUCCCAAUUAGAGAAAGCCCAGCUGGUAGAGUUACGAGCACAAGAAUUGCUGACGGAUUUAGCAAAUGCGAAGAAUGAAAACUCUGAGUUGUUGGUUAACUAUGAAAGCCUGAAGCGUGAACUAGAAUCUAUGGAGAAGGAUACUUCCGUGAUUAAACAGAUGCUGGAAGCAGCAAAAGACGAAAACCAAUCAUUGGGAUUGGAAAUUGAUAGUCUAAAAGCUGAGAAAGAACAGCUAGUUGUUGAUAAAUCUCAGUUGGAGAUCCAGAUCAAUAAUAUGAAUCUUGAACUAGAGGCAGUGAAACACCAGCUAAAUGAUCGGAACAGAGAAUUUGGUGGUUUAGUGGAAGAAAAAGAUAAGGUGAACUUUGACAAUUCAAGAUUGGCUGAUGAGUUAAAGAAGGCUGAUGUUACCGUAAGAGAACUAGAGAAAGAGGUUGAACAGUUGAAAGAAGAAAACUCAGUACUAUAUCAGUGUAAAACCAAACUAGAGGAGUAUGAGAAGAUCGCUGAUUCAUGCAAGGCUGAAAUAGAACAGCUAAACUAUGUCAAUGCUAAGCUGCAGGUUGAACUUGAUGGUGUGAGUCUCAAACAGGAAAGAGCAAACAAGCAAUUGGAUGAACUGAACAAGGAGAUCGUGGAAUUACAAGAAGUAAAGAAUAGAACUGUCUCAGAAUUACUCGAGUCAGAGGCUCGUGUCAGGAAUCUUGAGAGUGAGUUGGAGCAACUGAGGGAGGAGUUCUCCAUUUUGCAGAAAGCUAAGGAUGAUUUGCACAGAAAUAAUACCAAUUUAGAUAGAAGAUUGGAAGAGAGAGGAAUCGAAGUAUUAUCCACUCAGGAGAAACUUGAUGCAAUGACAAUUCAUACAAACAAUCUCCAAAAGGAGCUUGAUUUGCUAUCCGCCCAAAAGAGUGAAGUGGAAGAGGAGGUGAAAAUAAUUAGUAGCAGAUGCUCAGAAAAUAUGCUUUUGAUGAAUAAUUUGGAAGAGAAACUAGCAAGCAAAAUUGUCAAUCAAGAAGCUCGCCUUGCAGACAUUGAAGGUUGUUUUAAUGAACUUUCUAAGAACUGUAAGCAACUAAAAGCUAGGUUUAGUGAGCUGGAGAUGAAGCUAGAGACUCUGGAAAAUCUUAGCAUAGAGCAGAAUAAAGAGAUAAGGAAGCUAGAGAACAGCCGCAAGGAACUUGUGGAAAAACUUAAAUUUUCUGAGAUUGAAAAGAAUGAUGCAUAUAAAGAGAUAGCAAAGUUGCGUGGUGACUUUGAAACACUUGAUUUCCAGCUUCGCCUAUCAAACCAGAAACUUAAAAUCACCGAAACCGAAAGCAGGGAUAAAGAAGAAACUUACAAGAGAUUGGUGACAAAUUUGCAGGAGAAAGAGCGGGAACUAGGAGAAGAAACACUGAUGUUUUGUCUGAGGUUGUCUUCGUUGGAAGCCCAGCUCACACAAACGAAUGAAGAUGCCGAGGUGGGUGUUUCAGCUUUGCGAAACCGAGUUAAUGAAUUUGAGUCAGUAUUUGCUCGGAAAUCUGCCCACUUCAUGGGCCGAUUACAUGAAUGCUUAGAGGAGCUAAAGAUCUUGAGAAAGAAAUUGGGUAAUCAUCUUCAUGAGAAGGAGGUACUAGAGAAUGAGAAAAAUGCGCUGGAAAUUAGAUUGAGAAAUAAAGAUCGGAUAAUCUCCAGCUUGAAGGAUGAGGCCAGGAAUGUCGAAGCUAAAUUGGCUGAAAAAGAAGAUGAAAUGGCAGCUAGGAAUGAAGAGAAAAGAGAGGCAAUAAGGCAGUUGUGCUUUUUGAUCGACUACCACCGCGAAAAUUGCAAUCAUCUUCGCGAGUAUGUCUCUGCAACACUCAAAAGAACCCGUCGCUAAUAGAUUAGUCCUUAGUCCCUGAUCUUUCCUAUAUUCCUUUUCGUCAUUCACUUUUAUAUUGGUUAUUGAGGCGAAUAGCAUUUGUACUUUGUUAGAAUGUACAAAUUGUGAAGUUGUUGUCUAUAAAUCGUUAGAACAUCAUUCUUUAAUAGCAUUAAGCUAUUAAAGUUAAGUUUUGAGAGAAUAAUGAUUGUUUCACCAUCUAA